AUGGCUAAUUCAGACUAUUCCAAUCCCGAAUCUCUAGAUAUUCUCACAGCUAUGGUGAACCAGACGCUGAUCGAGACUGGUCGGUUUUUCCGGUCACAAGGCUCCAUGCAAUCCAGGGCGCAGUUGAAACGCUCUAUCCCGGCCGCUCAUGAACAGUUCCAGUGCGCGCUAGACAGUCUCUCGGAGCAGAUAUUCAUUGCCAAAGCAUUUCUCGAGAGAGACUACGAUGCCAUCAAGGCUAGAAAGGCUGCACUGCAGCCAGUGCAAGAAGCUGUCAGGGGUGAAUCGAGCAUGAAGCAAGAGCCCGAGGCUGCGCCCGAGCCGGAGGGAACAGCAGUUGAUGCAAGCCAGAUUGAAUCCAAAUCAGCGGAGGAUAUCACUUCUGCACAACCACUGACAGGCGCGAAUAUCACCGAGCAAGGAUCCGCUGAAACUGCUGUCAAAGCUGAGAAACCAGACGAGACCGCUACCGCUCCGGAACUUGUCCUCUCUGGACCAACAGAAAUCAAUUUUGACUCUGUAUUAAACGAUACCGGAGCUGGCGCGAACGAAUUCGAUCUGAACCUGGAUUUCGGGAACGAUGACCUCGGCAACGAAAACUUCUUAUCGGGAUCUAACGUGGACGGCGCCAACACCGGCAUUACGGACCAGGGAGGGAAAGGAGGCGAGUCGUUGGCGAAUCAAGCAUCAGAUUUCCCCGGGAUGGAGAAUCAAGACACCAGCAUGCCGACAGGGGGCGAUGCGUUUGACUUGGAGUUACAAAAGGCAGAGGGAUUCUCCGGUAUUGAUGGUACACAAGACGACUUAUUUGGCGGCAAUACGGAGGAUAUCAUGGCACCGGGAGAAUCUAGUUUCGACGAUCUGUUCAUGGAAAGCGAGAACUUUGGCAGCGGUGGGGUUGGUGAUCCGAAUUUACUGGAAGGAGAUGGGUUGAUGAAUAUUAAUGAGCUUGAUGAUAGCUGGUUCACUUGA